AUGCUAGAUUCGAUAGUUUUUGUAAUAUUUUCAACGAUUUAUAUAGCGAGUGCUGUAAUCUUCCACAAAUCGUUAACUGCUGAUCAAAACUUGCCAAACAGCAUCUGCAGGAUCACAUAUGACGUCACAAGCUCAAAAUCAGACACACAAGACAUUUUAUUUGGUAAUUUGGAUAGUCAAACUUGGUCAUCGACUGUAAAUGAUAUUGUAAAGUGUAUUGAUAAUGGAACUGCUGUUGUUGUGGCAGAUUUAAAGACGAUAAUUAAAAAUAAAAAUUUCAGGAAGGCUUCAGUUAUUAUCCUUGCCUUGAAUCAGGCAAAUGAGAGCCAGAUCAUCCAAUUAGUUUCAAAGCAUUAUUUCUCGACCGUUUGGCAUCACAUGGCAACAUUUAUUUGUAUUGUUCCUAACUCAUCAACUCUAUCGCAACGCAAACUUAUUUUUAAAUCUUUCAUGAACUUAGGAUCAUUAAAUGUCGCAAUUGUGUACACAGACACAGCAGGUGACAUCAUAUACGAAGCUAUCGGUGCUAAAUUGGAACUAAUUGUUCAAAAGAAUCCAAAAAAUGGACUUUCUUUGUUUCCUGAUAAGCUUAAAGAUUUGCAAGGUUUAAAAGUUGUUGUUACUGUUCAUGAACAAGCACCAUCAGUAAUGAUCAGGUCUCGUACGGUAAGCAGUCCAAUGAUGUAUUUUCUCGAUAUCCUUGAGCAGUUCCUACAUGUAAAAUUUAAAUUACAUGUCCUGCAUGAUUAUUCUGAAUUGAAUGUUUAUCGAAAGAACCGCAAAAUGCAAUUGACGCUUAAUACUGUGAUUUAUUAUGAGACAAAAGAUCCCAAACUUUUUACAUACGAGAAGAAUGGCUACUGUGCUUUGGUUCCAGUUCCAUCAAAAGUUCCACUUUAUCACCUAAUUUUCAUUAAACCAUUCGAUGGAGCCAUUUGGAUACUCUUUGGAGUUUCAAUUAUUGGUUCUGUUGCUGUUUGGCGGAUCUAUCGUGGUCGUGGUUCUGUUGAUUCUCAUUGUCAACUUGCUGCUGGCAUUUUUAUGAUGUUUAUCGGUCAAUGUGCUGAUUUUUCACGUCGGAAUCGAUUUAUUCUUGCUUUUCUGCUCAACAUUAUUUGCUUGUCUGUGUUCCUGCUUAGUAAUUUGUACGAGGGUGCCAUAACAUCCUUCAUGAUUGAGCCAGGUCAUGAGAAUCGAAUCACGACUGUUAAGGAUCUUGUAGCAUCUAAUUAUGAAGUUGUAAAUGAUGCAUUUUUUGCUGACAGCCUUAAAGAUUUAAAAGAAUUCGAUAAAUUGAUACCAAGAAUGAAAGUUCGUACAAUCAAUUUGCAAGGCAAUUUCAGCACCGAAGUCACAACUCGACAAUAUGUCUACAUAUUUAGAUGCGAUAUAGCAGACGUAGCGAUGUAUUCGCGCUUACCAAAUGGACGUCUAUUUACAGAUUAUUACUACAUGUUGCCAGAAAUUAUGUCAUGGAAUUAUGUGGAACUAGAUGCAAGCUUCUUAAAUCCAUUUAUUGAACGAUUCCAAACGUUUAUGGAUAAGUCAUUUGAAGCUGGUUUGCCUCAUAUGUGGAAGCUCUUCAUUAAACAAUUUCGUUUUGAACUUAAAAGGAUUAUCUUCCAUGGCGUCGACAUAAAUUAUGCAUAA